UGAAUAUCGUGUAGCCCAACUCUAAUCUGAUAGAGGCCCAUGAGCCCGACUCUGCAGUGCUGUGACAUGGAAACACCGUGUUAACGUUGAAGAUGAACCGAAACCGCGGCGAGUUUGGAAGCAUGGCGACGGAGCAAGUACUGGACCCCUCUCUCCCAUCAUGCCGGUAUCUCCUCUCUGCCAUUCUGGCCAUGGAACCUUCUGACUGCUUAUUAUCACACGCCAGGGCGUGUGGCGGAGGCUCAAUCACUGAGCAAGUUCAACAAUUUAUCUUGGACCAUUGCCUUUCCACACCUGGUGAUUUUCAUGCACCUUACUUGAAGAAUUUUCUUAAGAAGCUUAUCACCCAAGUUGAGUGUGACCAUGGCUCUGUCUUGGAUCAAUUUUAUGAACUCUAUGCUCACUUCAUUACAUCAUUUAAGGAUGAUAGUUUAGGCAAAAGAGAUUCAAGAAUCUGCAAAAAAAUUUCUUUUCUUUUUCCUGAUGAUUAUUCUGAACUACAAACAUGUCAGCGCUCAAGGGUGCUUACUUUUUCAUUGAAGUGCUCUACAAACAUGCUUGAAGGUGAUACUGGAUGCUCAAUAUGGCCAUCAAGCCUGUUUCUGUCCGAGUUAAUACUUUCCCAUCCUGAAUUAUUUUCUAAUAAAUUGUGCUUUGAGAUUGGCUCGGGAGUUGGUUUAGUCGGAUUAUGCCUAGCCCAUAUGAAAGCAUCUGAGGUGAUACUAAGUGAUGGUGACCUUUCAACUUUAGCUAACAUGAAGCUCAAUUUAGAGUUGAACAACCUGAAUGUUGAAACCGACGGGCUACAAAGAAAUGAAGAUACAAGCACGGUAAAAUGCUUGUAUCUGCCAUGGGAAUCUGCAUCAGAAAGUCAACUACAAGAUAUCAUGCCAAAUGUUGUGUUGGGCGCAGAUGUGAUAUACGAUCCAGUUUGCUUGCCACACCUUGUUCGAUUACUUACUAUUCUUUUGAGCCAGCUAAACCCAAACACUAAACAUGAAAAUGGCGAACAUUAUUAUAAAGGUGCCGCCAAUAGAUCUGAUGGUAGAUGCAAAUCAGUUAGUUCUGAUGGUUGUAAUGGCCAGCUGAAGGAAGGACCAGUGGCUUAUAUCGCAUGUGUUAUUCGGAAUAUUGAAACCUUCAACUAUUUUCUUUCUCUUGGGGACCAAGCGAACCUUGAUAUUAUGGACCUAACAGAUUCACUGAAGCCAAUGAAUCUCCUUCCUUACAUGCAGUCAUACAAUCAAGCCGAUAUAAAACUACUGCGUAUCACUUGUCGUCGUACAACUCAGACUACAGUAACAUGAUCACAUGGAAGAACCUAGGUUUUAAAUAACGGUUGCGUAAAGGCUUUCAUGAUUUUGGUCAGUGCAGGUGUUGCGAUACUUAUUGUGGUCGUCGCAUUGAAUUAAGCACAGUUUGUACUUUAUACAAUUGUUAUGGUUUAGAUAUUUCUUGAAAUUGUAUUCACCAUGUGAUUGAGUUGAGUGAAUCUUGAUGAAGUGAGGGCGAGUCCUUUCACUAUUAUUGUUGGAUUUAAGAAACAAUGGGAAAGUUGCAACAUUUUCGAUUUUCCUGAAAGUUGCAACUCAAGCCCAAUCUUUUUGUCUUGGUGUAUAGGGAACUAUGACAACACUUUUGCUACAUUUUCUAUGAGUGAGAGUGAGAGAGACCUGUGACUUGGAAUCUUGAAAUGCAAUGUUCCCAAGAGAAGAAACAAGAAGAAAAAGACAAAGUGGUGUUAGAGAGUUGGAAUCUUCCAAAAGACAAUCCUGAACCUGGAGAAUCAUCAACAACCACUCAAUUAUUUGUUAGCAGAACAACUGGUCAACAACCACAACAUUAGUCACUUUCUCUGAAUAUAAACUUUGAAUGUGUUUUUUUUUUAUAUAUAUUUUUAUCUUUCUAUUUAAAAUAAAAUGAAGUUUUCAUCUCUCCUUUUCAAAAAUACAGUUUUUUUUUUUUUAUCUUCUAGUUUUUAUUUUCAGUUUCAGUCAAUUUUGUUGAUGUAACAAUGAUAAAAUAAUGAAAAUAAAAUAAGUUGUUCUACCAAAAUUUACUAUUAUUUAUAUGAUGUUGAAAUAGAGUG